AUGCCCUGUCCCCGGCCACCGUGGCUAUGCUGCUCCCACGCCCCUCCCAGCCCCAGCCCUGGCUCCCCAAAUUCUCCUGCGCCUCCCACCCCGGGCAGUGGGGAGGCUGGGGAGGAGGAUGAGGAUGAAGAUGCUGAAGGCAGCCAGGGCGCAGGCCCCAUCCUGCCCCCAGUGUCUCCCACCGAGUGCCUUAUCUGCGUGUCCGCCUUUGACGGUGUGUACAAGCUGCCCAAACGUCUGGAUUGUGGCCAUGUCUUCUGCCUCGAGUGCCUCGCGCGCCUGUCGCUGGCCACAGCGGGUGGUGGGGAUGCAGUGGCCUGUCCGGUGUGCCGUGCACCCACGCGCCUGGCGCCGCGCCGCGGACUGCCCGCACUGCCCACACAGGCCAGCCUCCUGCCCCGCGACCCCCGCGGCCCGCCAUGGCUGGGCUCCGUGCGCUUCGACCGCCGCCGCGGCCUCCUCUACUUGGGGCCGCCGCCGCCCGGGCCCACACCCCGCAAAGCCCGAGGGCCGCCGCCGCCACCUCCGCCACCUCCGCCACUGCGCCUGGGCCGGCCACUCUCGCGCCGACUGACGCUGUCCAGCCAGGCCUGGGCUUUCAACGCGGCCGUGGCGCUGGCCGUGUUGGUGGCCGCCGGCCUGGUGGUCUCUGGCGUCUACAUUUUCUUCCUCAUCCCGCAUGCUGCCGCCUCGGGCCCCGCGCGGCCGCAGCUCGUGGCACUUGCCCCAGCGCCGGGUUUCUCCUGGCUCCCGCCACGGCCCGCACCUGGGCCGCCCUGGACUUCUGCUUGGACACCGCAGCCCACGGGUCCAAGCGUGGACGCCACAUCGCUGGAGAGCGCGGGGACACCUGUGGGAUCCGAAGAAGCCAAGAGGCCGGCAGACUGGCGCCCGAGCAGCCCAGGAGACUCACAGUGGACCCCAGGCCACACGGGGGAUGAGGAUGUGCUCCGAGGCAGCCCAGGGGACGCACUGUAG